UGUUGACAGUAAGUUACAUCAACCUGAUGCGUACACUAAUCAAUCGGGAACUAUCCACAAGUUUAAAAUAUUACUAUUAUGAGAGUAAUUUAUCUCGUUUUAAAAUAGUGGUUUUAGUUUAUUAUUGUGAAAGUAGAAUAAGAAAUUAAUAUGCUUAUACGUUGCUGUCUGUUGUUAUUGUUUUUGAAUUGUGUGAGGACGUCUGGGUUUUCGGGUAAUGAUGGGUUGACUGUUGCGGAGUUUAACAGGCGGUUCGCGUUGUGGCCGUCGGUUCAUAAUGCCGCUAAGUUGAUGAGGGUGAGGCGGGAGGCUGAGAAAGCUGGGACUGUGGGUCAGAGCGAAGGUGGUACAGUUGCGGUUCCUUCUGUCAACAAUUCCCCGCCCGUCACUGUUAAGCCUUCAGCCCCGCCUGAAACCAAUGUGCUCACAAAUGAGAUCGCUCAUGUUUCAGUGGCACCAGCAGCAGCUGUCAAUGGGAAUGUAACAGUCAACAGUACAGUAACAACUGCAACAGUGAACGCUACCAAGGUCAACACAACAAUUGCAGACAAGCCAGUGAAGCAGAUAGAUCUGAACAGCCCUGGAGUGCUCAAACGAGGGUUCAUUGUCUUUGGAGGGUUUGCGUUGUUGGCUGUCGCCUAUUUCAUAUUUUACAGAAAAAAGAGCAGCAAGAAUGACGCGGGCAACACGCAUAGUACAAUCGACGCCAACCAGUUCCGGUACGGGGUUCUCCAGUCCGAAGACAGAAGGGACAACCUGGAACUGUCACGGGUACCUCUAACCAUGGAAUCUGAUGACGACGAAGACGAAGAUUUAGAGAUCUUUGAUUUAGAACAAAAGAAGAAAACACUAUCAUACGUCAACCUCCAAACGAAUGACGAAGAAGUAGUUUUCUCACCCAAGGAGAGCUCAGAUAAUGAUAGGGACAAUUUACUUUUAGAUAUCGAAGACGGAACCUCCGAGACGCUUAUCAAUUGGAGCAGUAACGGCAGUAAGUCAAUAUUAUAAUUCCUGUCCUUACAGACAUGAAAGUGAUACAAAAGAACGUGCGAUUCGCAUUUUUUUUCCGCCAUAUUUAGAUGUCGGAUGUCUGAUUAAGUUUGUCUAUUGUAUUUUACUGCGUAAUGCUGCUGUUGGCUUGUUGAACAAUCACAAUUUCAUAGUACUUUAAUGCUUUUGUAUGACAUUGCUAAAAUUAAGUAAGAGAUAUCAUAUUUUUGAUAACCUAACAGUGGCACUAUGAUGUAAUUACCUAAUUUUAUAGGUUUUAUUUUUAUAACAGUGUAACUGUUUCGUAUUAAUGGAAUGUACUUACGUAGCCUCAGUUUAAGGAUUUAAUUAUCGUGCAGAGAAGUGCUAAAUUGAUGUAGAUCAUGAGUUAUUCGUAUGAUGAGCAAAUUAGAACUAUGUACGUACGCAGUAGUGUUAAAUUUCCGCCAAAAGUCUGCACCAUUCAUUGUAUCGUAGGAGAUGUGAAAUACACAAGGCCUUUUAAACGCGCAAUGUAUAUGUAUUUAUUUAUACUGUUCAAUAUUAUGUGUGAUUCAGUCACAUGGCCUUCACGUAAAUUAACGUUAUCUGGAACAUGUGUUUUGAACAAACACUGAGAAAGCGAUCUCAAAGUUCAAACGAAUGUUAUGUACGAAUUUUAUUUUUGUUAUAUUGCAUUUAAUGAUUUAGCUCUUAUGAUUUGAUAAAAAGAUAUUUAUGUUCAUUAAUUUAAGGUGGCAAAUUGCUUGAUUUGAUAUGAAUAGUGGCCGGCAAUCUUGAAUGGGGCAAUGGCCGAGAAUCGAAGGUUGGAUAUGUGAUGCAAUGUCUUCGUAUUUCUUAGUCUUCUGGUGUAAUCAAUAUUGCUUUAAAUCGAUUCAAUUUACCUUCUCAAGGUCAUUAGACAAUAGUUCAUUUACAAAACAAGUAACAUUCUGAUAAUUAACCGCGAUGUGAGAAUCAUACCUACCGAUGUUUAAUAUUUAUGUUGCGUUCCUUGUACUGUUACUUAAUUCGCCUUAAAUACUUGUAUAAACUUGCUGAUAAUGUUAUUUAUUUAUUCAAAUUUUAUUGGAUAUGUUUAGUAGGGGUGGCCUUGCGGUUCUAUGCAUAGAUUUGUAUGCUCAAGGCACAGGUUCGAUCCUUACGCAGGCAAAGUACCAAUGUGACUUAUUCAUGUUACUUGUAUUAUGAAAAAAACAUCGUAGGAAACUUGGAUACCAAAUAUUGGAAUCUGUUAUUGCCAACCUGCAGGGAGCUAGCGUGGUUAUCGAUGUUCAAACCUUCCCUAUACGCGAAGAGGCCUGUACCCAACCGUGGGAAUAAAUAGGCUUUCAUUAUUUUCAUGUUUAAUUUAAAAAAAUGCCAAUUCCCCAAUGGCAAAUUGUAAAUGUUGUAAUACAACAUCUUAGAUAGGCCAUAUAUCUACAAACUUUACCGUGUCAUCGCUUAUAUACUUUUACGUAUCAUAUUUAGAUUUUUAUAUUUAAGUAUAUUCGCUACUUAUUUAUUUCACUUAGGGCCGAUUUUUCAGUCACAAGAUAACUUUUAUUCGACGAAUAUGUUUGACGUUUUGACAGCUUUUGUAUAGGAAAUAUGUCAAACGGCCAUAUUUAUUCCUUAGAUAAAGUUAUCUGACGAUUGAAAAAUCGGGCCUUAUUCAAGUAACAACAAAUAUUUACGUAUUUUAAUUGGAUUCUUAUGCUUAAGCAUUCAGUAACAUAUGUUUGUCGUCAACACGCAGCGUUUAUUCUGAUAAUAGAACUUAUAUCUAAAAUAUAUUUAUUUAUAUUAAGUAUUUAAUGUAAAAUUUAAUAAUAUUUUUGUACCCACUGUUUUGGUUUAGCUAGUGAAGUGAAGGCUUCUAAUUGUAGUUACAUUUGUUUGGCGAAUUUUAUCUAACGUGUACCUAAUUAGUAUUUUAUUGUAUUUUUUUAUAAAGACGCUCUAAAAUUAAUGGAAAUUGUGUAUAAUAACUGAAUAUUCAGUAUUAUUUCUAGUAAGUUGCAGGUACAACUAUACGAUAUUUUAAAAUCAUUUUGUUUAGUAGAUUAAAAUAAACUACAUUUUAAAGCUAACAAAAUAGACUUACCAAUAAAAACUAUAUAAAUAAUUAUACGUCAACAUAUCAAAAGGAAGUACAUACUUCAAGUAGUUUAAAACCGAUUACGUACGUGCUAACGGUAUUUUAAUUGCAUUUUGUCAAAUUGGUUGCAAUGUAUAUAAUGUAUAAAUUCACAUUUUAUAUUGACACGUUUCUCAAAUCUUCCAGUACGAUUGUUCUAAUUCGAGUAAUGUAUUUUUGUACAUCCCAGCUCAUAAUUAUAAAUGUGAAUGUAAGCUUGUUUGUUACGCUUUCAUGCGAAAAAUACUUAAUCGAUUUUCAUGGGACAUUGAAUAAAUGUUCCUGACUGGAUUAGAAGUAACAAUAUAAGGUUUGUUUCAAUAAAGUUAAAAAAAAGCGAUUAUGAUUUACAGCCAUUUCCACGUGGGCGGAGCCGCGAGCUGCCGCUAGUACAUUUUAAAAUAUGUAUGCUUAUAUAUCCUACUUAAAAACUGAUCUUCAUCCUAAACAAAUAUCACAAUAGCCAGUUUGGGAUCGUGUGAACCACGGCUCAAGAAAAAGUUACAUUCAAAAGUUGUUACAUUAAAAUUAAAAUGAUUGUUUUUUACGCGUCUGUGGAACUAAAGUAUUGUGUUAUCAAUUAUCACGAUGAAGCUAUGGACUGUGAUAAUAGUGAGAGUAGCACAUGUAUAAAUAUAUAUUUUUCAGAGCUAUGUACGUAUGUGUAGCUUGCCAUCGCUCUCUGUCAUUAUUCUGUCUAGGGUGGCUAGUGUAUUGGAAAGAAAGAAAUAGAAGAAAGAGGGAAAGAAAGAUUGCGGGCCAAGGGGUGUACCCUCUACUACCUUAUUUACUAAAGCAUUCUCUCAAACAGUAGGUAGGCCUAUCGAAAGUCUUUGUGAAGCUAAUUUAGCGAAGUCGGAAUAAGUCAGUAAUGUAAUUAGUGUUGUAACUAAUUUUAAUUUUAAGGUUGUUUCUAAUUUAAUAAAGAUAUAUAAUAUUUUA